UCUAUUUACCAUAACAAUUCACAUAUUGAGAAAGAAAUUUUCAGCGCUCAACAAAGAUGUUUCAACCAUCAAGAAUACAAAAAUCCUUCUUUUUAAGGCUACUGCUCAAUUCCUUGUUUUGGGGUGCACCUGGAUAUUUGGCAUCUUCCACUUUCAAGAAGAGACUCUUGUGAUGUCAUACCUUUUUACAAUACUGAAUAGCUUCCAUGGAGUAUUUAUGUUUCUGCUCUACUGUGCUGCUAAUAAGUUGGUCAUUGAUGAGUACAAGAUUUGGCUUCAAAGACUCUUCAUAGUCAAGAAAAAAGAAAGGGAAUUAGAUACCUCGACUACUAUGACCACUGGGAUUGCGACAGCAGUAGCCUCACCAUCAUUACCAUCCACUGAAGAUGCCCGUGCAUUGGAAUUGAUAGAGAUGAAUCCAAAAACAGAAGACCAGGAUAUCUCUAAAAAUCUUUGAAAUAUAAACAUAAACAUUUGUCUGACUGUGUAUACAGAGUUACAGUUAAAUAAUAUUGAUAUGGCUUAUGCAUAGUUGUAGUAUUACCUGUUUGGUACUUAAAGUUCUAAUAAUUAUGACUAGUGCCUUCAUCUCAGUAAAAUGUAUUCAUCUAGUUAUCUACAUUUCUUUACUGAUUAAGAUAAUAAUAUGAACUUCUGUAUUGCAGGAACAGUUAGUGUAUUUUCCUUUAGCACUGUUUUGUGUGUGCAAUUAGAAACAUAAUUUAGACUUUUAUUGUUAUGAUGUUAAUGGUAAUUUAUAUACUCAAUAAUUCACUUUAAACUAAUUUUAUGUUUUAUAUUUCUGUGGAAUUAUUUCACUUUUACUGAGUUAAAAUCUAAAAUUGUAUUCUUGUUCACAUAUCUUUUAAUGGAUGAGUCAGCUGUGAUGAUGUGAGAUAUUGUCAGCUAUGCUAGGAGAAGUAGGGCAGUGGAUGUGUAACAUAUGCCA